GAAGCGCGAACGUAACAAACUAACCGUUCGUUUGCUGACGUAGCACCCCGUAUUCUCUUUACCAGCCUCUUGUCCUCUGCAACUCUCUCUCUCUCUCUCACACACACACACACUAAAGUGACGAUUUUACUGAGAGCAGGCUUCUUUGAAGGUAUAUGGAGAACCCUAACUCUUAUAACAACAGCGAUUUGUAAGGAAUUCUUUAGCUAUUUCGUCUGCUGAGAUAAGUUUCAACGAUGAAUUGCUGCUGUGGAUUGUUGUUUUUCAGUGUAUUUGCGUUAUUGUUGCUGGUUCCACACAGUUCUGCGCAUACCGAUGUUUCCGAUGUAAAAGCUCUUCAAGAUCUGUAUACGUCUUUUAAUAGUCCACCACAGCUCAGGGGAUGGAAAUCAAGUGGCGGUGAUCCGUGUGAAGAAUCAUGGAUUGGAGUUUACUGUGUCGGUUCUUCGAUCGUCCAAAUUAAACUUAACAAUAUGAACAUUAGUGGAAGCCUUGGUUACGAGCUCAAUAAUCUUCAUCACUUGAAGCAACUGGAUCUUAGCAACAACAACAUUUACGGUGAAAUUCCAUACGGGCUGCCUUUAAAUCUAACACACUUAAAUUUGGCAUGCAACAAUUUAAGUCAAUACAUACCUUACUCGUUAUCUUCGAUGAGAAAUCUUAGACAUAUGAAUUUGAGCCACAACUUUUUAAACGGGCCGGUUGGGAAUGUAUUCACGGGCCUAUCAUCUCUCAGAGACAUGGACCUGUCUUACAACGAGUUUAUCGGUGACCUACCAAGUUCAUUUGCAACACUUAAAGGCCUAUCAAAACUGUACUUGCAGCAUAAUGAAUUCACAGGAUCAGUAAUAUUUCUAGCUAGUCUUCAACUAACAGAUUUGAACAUACAAGAUAACCAUUUUAGCGGUAUCAUUCCAAGACAAUUCCAAUAUAUACACAAUCUGUGGUUCGGCGGUAACAUGUUUGACAAAGGGGAAAACACUCCACCCUGGGAUUUUCCUUUCGACAGUCCGCCAGAUCAGCAGAAUAUUACCGCUCCGCCAUCUACCGAGUCAAGUGCGGUCAAGAAUUAUCCUUUGCCUGAACCCACGAAGCCCAAAAAGAAAAAAAUCGGCAAACUAGUCAUUUUUGUCGGUAGUGGUACACUACUGAUAGCAUUCUUACUACUCCUCAUCGUAAUUUGGUUCUGUAAAUGUGGUAGAAAGCUUAGAAUCCAAGAAAGCGUUAAAGGUUCACAGCAUUCUCUUCCACUCAGUAUCACCAGAGAUGGUUCAGCUACUGUCCGUGAGGUGAGCCCAGAAGUCUCGGUUAUCAGCUCACCGAGUGAGAUACGGCAUGUACCGCCAGUCCGUACGAAAGUUGUGAGAGUGAACAGAAGAAGAAGUUUUGCUAAGAAGAGUAAAAUGCGGAUUGGUGCGAAAUUAUACGCAGAGGGCGAACUGGAAUUAGCCACAAAUAACUUCAACCGAAGUAAUUUUCUAGGGGAAGGAUCUCUCGGGUCCGUGUUCAGAGCAGAAUUCCCUGAUGGACAAGUCUUUGCGGUCAAGUGCAUAAGCACGAUCACACUCUCUAUGCAUGAAGAACAACAGUUCUUAGAAGUGAUAUGGAACACAUCGCGUUUAAGGCAUCCAAACAUCAUAACACUUCAUGGGUACUGUGUAGAACCGGGAAAACAUAUGCUUGUGUAUGAAUAUGCAAGAAAUCUCUCUCUUGCUCAUGCUUUGCAUUCUGAAGCAUACAUGCCUUUAUCUUGGGGCCUUCGUCUCAAAAUUGCUCUUGGAAUAGCCCGAGCUUUGAACUACCUGCACUCCACAUGUGUGCCUCCUUUGGCUCAUGGAAAUCUAAAGGCUGCUAAUGUCUUACUUGAUGAAGAUCUAACUCCUCGCAUCUCUGACUGUUGUCUAGCUCUUUUGAAGCCCCUAACAAUAAAGAGUGCUAAACCUGAGGUUUCUGAAAUGGAAAUUGGCGGCAUGGCUCCUGAACACAGCCAACCUGUAUCUGGUAACCAGAAGGAUGACAUUUACGCCUUUGGAGUGCUGCUCUUGGAGCUUUUAACUGGAAAGAAGCCUUUUGAUGGACUUGAACCAAAAGAAGAGAACUCGUUGGUGCAAUGGGCAUCUUCGCGGCUUCAUGACAAUGAGUCCUUGGAUGAGAUGGUUGAACCAGCCCUGAGAAGAACGAUCCCUCUAAAAACACUCUCAAAGUUUGCUGUUCUUGUGUCCCUGUGUACUCAGGGUGACAAGGGACUGAGACCGACAAUAUCGGAAAUCAUGGAAUCGUUGACGAAUAUGACAGAAGAGUACCGCAGAAUGAGAAGAGAAGCAGAUGCUGAUUUUGAUCCAUACGAAAGAUCUUUCAGAUCGACACACUCGCGCUUCGUUGGAUCGCCAACAGUCAGCUGUAUGUCUAUCUGAUGAUCAUCUCUUGCUGCACUUCACUUUGACCAAAACAAUGGAUGCUUACAUACAAGGACGUGUAACUGUUGUCAAAUUCAAUCACUUUUUUCAUUUACAUUUAUUGUCCUAGAACACAUGUAUUUUUUUGCCAGAUGUGUUGGAUUUCCUAAAAAUUGCAUCUAUCUUAGAUAUAUCUUUAGGCCUAAAAACAUGAAUAAGAAAACUCUGACAACAUAAACAUUUGAUAA